AGCCCAUCCCUUUAUGCAGAGCAAGCUGGAGCGCUCAGCUCUGAUUCAGUGACUGGCAGCAUAGUCAGUGGGGAAACAUCCAGCUAAAGCCAUGGUACCAUACAGAACCUUCUCUGUCCUGCUCCUCACCCUCAACCUGGCCGCCCCCUGCCUAGCAAGCAACAGGCUUCUGCUGUUUCUGAUUGAUGGCUUUAGACCUGAUUAUAUCAAUGAGAAAGAACUGGAAGUCCUUCCUGGCUUUAAGAAGUUUGUACAGAGUGGGGUCAAGGUGGAUUAUAUGACCCCAGACUUCCCCAGCCUCUCCUACCCUAACUACUACACUCUCAUGACAGGGCGGCACUGUGAGGUGCAUCAGAUGACUGGAAACUAUAUGUGGGAUCAGAAGACUAACAAGUCAUUUGAUAUCGGUACUAAUGAAGACAGUCUUCUGCCAAUGUGGUGGAAUGGAUCAGAGCCUCUCUGGGUCACCAUGGAAAAAGCUAAACGGAACGUUUUUAUGUACUACUGGCCAGGCUGUGAAGUUGAAAUUCUUGGUGUUAGAGCCAAUUAUUGCCGUGAAUAUUACAAUUUCCCGUCAGAUGCUAAUUUUACAAAGGCAGUCAAUGACGCUGUUCAAACUCUGAGGAAUGGCGAUGCUGAAAUGGUUGCUGUUUACUAUGAACGCAUUGAUAUAGAAGGUCAUCACUUUGGACCUUGGUCUGAGCAAAGGAAAAAUGCUACCAGAGUAGUAGAUCAAAUGCUACAAAAUCUUGACCAACAAAUUAAAGAAAGCGGACUAAAGGACAAAGUGAAUGUUGUUCUCUUCUCGGACCACGGAAUGACCGAUAUAUACUGGAUGGACAAAGUGAUAGAGCUUGAAAAAUAUAUAAACUUUAAUGACAUUUUACAAAUGAAAGACAGAGGUCCUGUUGUGAGUCUGUGGCCGGCGGUGGGUCAGCACACCAAGGUGUACAACCAGUUGAAAGAUGUACAACAUAUGACUGUCUAUGAGAAGGACCAAAUUCCAGAUCGAUUUCAUUACAAGAAUGGAAAAUUUGUGCCUCCGCUAACUCUGGUAGCUGAACAGGGCUGGUUCAUAGCUCAGAGUAAAGAGAAACUUCCCUUUUGGAAUAACGGCUCCGUGCCUAAUCAAGGUUGGCAGCAUGGGUGGCAUGGAUAUGACAAUGAGUUGAUGGACAUGAGGGGAUUCUUUUUGGCAUCUGGCCCAGAUUUUAAAGAGAACUUCAGAGCUGCACCAAUCCGAUCAGUCGACGUUUACAACAUAAUGUGCAACGUUCUUGGUAUGGAGCCCCAGCCUAACAAUGGAUCAUGGUCCAGGGUGGAAUGCAUGUUAAGAAGUGGAGCACAUCCUGGUAUCCUGGACUCAAUCCCAGUGAUCUCCAUUCUCUUCACACUUGUAGCACAAUGGAUUUAGUAAUUUUUUUUCUAGGAUUAAUGAUUUUAUAAGAUUUAAAAUAUUAAAUUUUUCAGUAUAGUUUUACAAUAACCUUGCCAAAUGUAUGAUGAUUUUCUGUACCCGCUUGUUCUGUCUGUCGCAUACAAAAACAACCUUAUAUAACUGACAUUAUUGACCUACUGUAUGUAAAUUAGUUUGUUGCUUUCCAAAAAGAGAAGAAAUCUGAUGCCACCAGAAGGUACAGUAGCUGUCUUACAAGUCGAACACUGACUCAUAGGAUAGUUAUCUUCCAUCUGGUGACAUCAGAGGUUCAGCUUUCUUUUUGGAAAUCCGCAAGCUAAUUUGAGCACUUUUCUCCCCAGAGAGCACUGCAUGGCCUAUAAGACUUCUUGGGGGGAUUUAUGAAAACUGGUGUAAAGGAAAACUGGUUUCAUUGCCUAUAGCAACCAGAGUUCACCUAGAAAGAUGGAAUCUGAUUGGUUGCUUUGUGCAACUAAGCCAGUUUUCCUUUACACCAGUUUUGAUCAAUCUCCCUCCUUAUACCUUCUAGACACUCUCCACAAGGAGACUUAGUACUUAAUGGCCUAUUGCAGGUAAUCUCCAGCACUUCAGUUGUUCUGAAACUACAUCUCCCAGAAUCCUCCUUUCACUUCUAGGGGAGUUACAAGAAUAGCUGAGUAAGUAUGCAUGCUGGAAGUUGUAGUUUCACAGCAGCUAGAGUGCCAAAGGUUGAUGAUCCCUGCCCUAUUGUAUGUAAUUUCAAGGGGUUGCCACUUUAAAAGAAUCCAGGCUGAAUGGCCAUGCAAGUCCAUGUACAUGAGCUGUGUUAUGGCAGUGGGUGUGAAACUACUGUGUCAACCAACCGGUUUGACUUUGGGCUGAACCUAAGGGUGUUAUCCUGGCAGCUCCCUGGUUUUCGCUCUAAUCCCAGUACAGGGAACAGGACUUAUAUGCAGGGGAACCACCCAAGUAGUGCCAGUGUGCUUGACAGCUGACCCAUGGGGACCAGAGACACCAGUGAGGAGCACUGAAGGAUCAGGCAAAACUUGUAGUCAAUAACAACCCGAGAUUAAGACAGGCAGAAAUCAUGUGAAAACGUGGAACAGGUCCGAGGUCAGGGCUGGCAGAAGAAUCACAACAGUAAACAGGCACAGGUUGAGUCAGGCAGCAGAGGAUCUUAGCAAGGAACCAGCCUACUAGAAACCUAAUUGCUCCGACAAGGAGUCUGAAAAGCAGCACAACAUAUAUAUCAUACAAUCAGGAGGUUAUUAGCAUAUUGGUAACAGUAUAACAUCAACACACAGAGCCAAGGAGGGGAUUUACCCUUGCAGCAUUGCUGACGUGAGGUGAGAUUCAAUGAAGAGACAGGGUUAGUGGAGUGGUGUCCAUGCCCACCUGAAAUAGCAGGGCAGCAGAGUGCAGGAGCUGCCGAUGUAACAAGCUGCUUAUCACAAGCCCUACAGCUGCUCAUCACACCUGGUGCAUCCAUGGAAAAUGAUUAAUCACAUGAAUUAAUCACAUUGUGACAAGCAGCUCAUGUGAGUUGAAAAGUAUGACUGAUUACUGUGGCACAGCAUGGACUUGUGUGCCUAUUCAGGUCACCCCCUUUAAAGAAGUUAUUUGCUCUAAAUAAUCCCUACUUGUUAGAAGGGCCUUUUGGCUUUAAACUGAUCACAUAUAUUGUAUCCCCCAGCAGUCAGCUGUAAUCUGUGGGGAGUCAGUGUUCAACUUCCCUGCAGUGCCACCACAGGAGAAAGGAAGCAUUACAUAGCAACCACUUAAAUCAAUGGACUGUCUAGGUAAUGUAGGACAUGACAGGCCUUCACAGAAAGAAGUGCUCUUUGUAACCAAACUCAACUCUGGGCAAGAGAUAUGGAUCCUGAACAGUGAACCACUCCCAUUAACUCAGAAUUCCUUAACAUAAUAUAUGAAAAUGGGUUUCAUAGAUUGGACAAGGGAAAGAGGGGCCGGUACGUCUCAUGAAGGUAUCCACUGUCCAUAUGGUAGAUCAUGCUUGGGCCCCUCUCACCCAUGUGAACCAGAGCAGAGAGCUGCUAAUAUCAGCAGCUCUUGUGCUGGAGAGCGGAAAGUGGCCACUACAGGAAAAUGUCUAGCACAAACCUGUCCCACUUACAGGGGUUGCCUGUGGUGAGACAACACCUUUAACAAUCAGUAACUGACCCUAUUCAGGGAAUUACUUUAUUUCUUUAUCUUCUGUAGAUAUAUAUUAUGUCAGUGUUCCUCAACUCCAGUCCUCAGGGCCCAUCCACCGGUCAUGAUUUGAGAAUAUCCCAUAGAAUAACUACCUGUGGUAAGGCCUGAUGCAUGGACACUAAUUAUAUCACCUGCUCAUUGAUAAGGAAAUCCUAAAAAAAUGACCGGCAGGUGGUCCCUGAGGACUGGAGUUGAGGAACACUGUCUUAUGUUGUCCACAUGUUUGUCAUUGUAGUAAGUAAUCACUUGAUACUCAGUUGUGGUCAACAUUAUUGGCACCAAUAUCUUCAGAAAUAAUAAUUCAGAAUGUACUAAUUUUGUAUCAUUAAAAUAUUUUAAUAGUAUCUCAAAAUACAUUUAACAAAAAGUUGACCUGUCAACAUACAUGCAGUCAUUAAAAAGAAAUAAAGCAUAAACAUGG